AUGGGUGAUAAUAAUAAUAAUAAUAGUAGUAGUAAUGGAUCACCAGAUUUAAAUAAAGAUGAUGAUAAAAAAUUAUCACCUAAAAGAGUAAGGUCAACAUCAAGAUCAAUGUCUAGAUCACCAAGAUCAAGGUCAAAAUCAAGAUCACUUUCUCCAAAGAAAAAGUCAAAUAGAUCUUCAUCACCACUAUCACCUUCACCUAAAAGAAAAUCUUCACCAUCACCAUCGUCAUCAUCAAAUAAAAGAAAGAAUGGUUCAUCCAGAUCACCUUCACCAAUGAAUUAUUCACCAUCAAAUAGAAAAUCAUCAAGAUCUCGUUCACCAAUUGGUGGGAAAAAUAAUGAUAAUAAUAAUAAUGAUAAAAAAAGUAGCUCACCCUAUAGAGAAAGUAAUUAUAGAGGUGGUGGUGGUGGUGUUGGUAGUAGUAGAAGGUCGCCAUUACAUUCAUCAUCAUCAUCAUCAUCAAGAAGACAAUUAUCAAGAUCACGUUCACCAAUUAGAGCGAGAUCACCAUCACCAUACAGAAGACAAUUAUCAAGAUCACGUUCACCAAGACGUAGAUCACCACCUCCAAAAAAGCAAUAUCAUCACCAACAACAACAACAUCAUCAUCAUCAUCAUCAUCAUCAUCACAACAAUAAUAAUCGUCCAAGAAAUUCACAUUCUAGAUCAAGAUCUAGAAGUAUGAUCAAGAUCAACUUUACCACCACCACCACCACCACCACCAAGAUCAUAUAGUUUAUCACCAAUUAGAGUUGAUAGAUUAACACCCAAUGUUAAUAAAGACCAUUUACAAGAGAUAUUUGAAAAUUUCGGUUCAAUAAAAGAUAUUGAUUUCUUAUGGGACAAAGAAAUUGAUCAACCAAUGGGUUAUGCUUUAUUGUAUUUUCAUCAAAAAGAUGAAAGAGAUAAAGCAAAAAGAUAUAUGGAUGGUGGUAGAAUCGAUGGUCAAAUUGUAACUGUAAGAUAUUUAAAUCCAAAACCUUCUUCAAGUCAAUCUUUUAAAUCAAGAGGAAUUGAUCAAAGAAGAACUACUACCACUUCUAGUGGUAGUAGUAGUUAUAGAGGUGGUAGUGGUAGUAGUAGAGAUAUGAGAGAUGUUAGAGAUAAUAGAGAUAAUAGAUAUAGAAUUUCAAGUGGUGGAAGAAAUAGUGGAGGUGGUAGAUAUAAUAGAGAUCAUUAUAAUAACAACAAUAAUAAUAAUAAUAAUAAUAAUAGAUCAAUUGAUAGAGAUUAUAGUCCAAGAAGAAGAAACUAUAGUAGAAGUAGAACAAGAAGUAGAAGUAGAGGUAAAAGUGGAAGUAGAAGUAGAAGCAGAAGUAGAAGUUUUGGAAGAAACUCAAAUAACAAUAAAAGAAUAAAUAAAAGUUUAAGUAGAAGUAGAAGUAGAAGCAGAAGUAGAAGUAGAAAUAGACGAGUUAGAGAUUAUAGUAGAAGUCGAAGUAGAAGUAGGAGUUUGAAUAAAAGUAAAAGUAGAAGCAGAAGUAGAAGUAGAAGCAGAGGGUAUAGAAGAAGAUCCUCUUCACCUUCUAAAUACUAA